AUGCAGCUACCGCUACAGAAAGUCCGGCCGAUCGAAGAGCAAGUCACACUGGCAGAAACAACAAGCAGCCGUAUACAUCAAAAGGAAGAAGUGUCAGUGGAAUCAGAAGGCACGAGGCUGCUAAGUGGCAUGGCAACUGUCUUGUUCCUUGCUGGGUACGCUUUGACGCAUGCAGGGCACAUGACUUACCUUCAGCUGCAUCUCUUCCUCGUCCUCCCCGAGCUCUGGAUGAGAUUUUCCCGGCCUCGUCCGCUCAGUUGGGCAGCUGACAGCGUGCGGAAGGUUGGGUACAUGAGCAUCUUUCCACUCGCCCUCGCCGCCAUCACCUUCUCCUCGGCCUGGGACAACUUCAUCUUUUCCAAGGGCGUCUUCACCUUCGACAAGGGCUCCAUGCUCGGCACCAUCGGGGCGAUGCCGGUAGAGGAGUGGAUCUGGUUCGUCGACCACACGACCCUCGCCAGCAUCGUGACUCUUAGCAUGCUGAGGCCGCGCUCGCAGGACGAGCUCGUGGCCUGGGUAGACGCUGAGCCAGCGAAGCGAAGUGCAGUGGACUAUGGCAUGGUGCUGGGAUGCCUGCUCAUGUCGCUGGGAGGGCUCAACUUUCUCGCCAGCGAGAACGAGCACCUUCUCUUCCUCGGCGUCUGCAUGUUCUUCUUUCCUCCCGUCCUCGCGCUCCAGUGGUGGUUCGGCCUGAGGCUUUUCUCUCAACGGCCUCUUGAAUGGCUGGGAGCCGUCGGGAUGACGUCAUCAUACGUCAUCGGGCUGGACAGCUGGGCGAUGCGGGAGGGAAUCUGGCAUCUGUCGGAGAGUACGUGA